CGAAAACCUUAAAACUACAUAACCUAAAAAUCAUAAUAAUAACAAACCAGUCGUAACUGACUUGUGUUAUUAAAUAUUGCAAAGUCACAUUCGAUUAUAGUUUCAGGCGGUUUCAUACGAUUUCAUACAGUUCCAUAUACUGUUAUAAUGUGGAAGAUGUGAAUUUAGUUGAUAAAAAUUGAUUAAAUUGAUAGAAUGGGUGACAUACGAGCUGGUCUUGAAGAAUUAAAGCUGGAUGGUGCUCUCUUUGCUAACGUUAAAUACUAUGUCAGCGGUGAAAGUGAUCCCAAGAUUGUGAAUUUACUACAAGAAGGUGGUGCCGAAAGUUCCAAUUAUUUUAGUGACUAUGUAACACAUCUAAUAGCAGGUUAUGAAGCAUUAGAAAAUGAUAUUUCUGCAGCAAAGGAUCUAUAUGAAAUUCCAGCAGUUACACAAAACUGGAUCCUAUACUCUGUUAAAUGCAAUAAGCUUUUGCCAACACAAUAUUUCUCACCAGAGGAGAAUCAAUUGUUCUCAAAUAUACGUGCCUGCAUAUCCCAAGUAAGUCGAACAGAUAGUAAGUCACUCUGGGCAAUGAUAACCUUGCAAGGUGGUAAAUGUCAGCUACGCUUAGACAGAUACUGCACUCAUCUAAUCACUGGAAAAGCAAAUGGUGUUAAGUAUGAAACUGCCAUGAGACACCAUAUACAUAUCGUAACACCUGAUUGGAUAACAGAAUGUUGUAAAAAGGGUGCUAUUAUUAACGAAAUGGAGUAUCAUCCUAGAUUAUUAGUGUACCCAUCUCCAAAUAGUUCAACAGCUAUGAUUACUGGAUUUAUGGAUGAGGAUCCUGAUAAUAGCACUACACAAGAGGAACAAGACAGAACUAAAGCUAUGCUGGAACAACUUAAGCAACGCAUGCCAUGGAAUCAACCAAGCCCACCAGUAUCAUCAAAUAUUACACAUAAUCUUGGUGCAAUCAAUACAGCAAGUGUUCCUUAUUUAACAACUGGACAAAAUACUAUAAACAUUCAGUCACAACAACAACAUCUUUCACGACCGAUUUCCACAACCAGUUUGAACACUACCACAAUUGUUUCUGCAGUCUCUGAUCAGAAUGUUAUUGGUCAAACAACAGGUUGGCUUCCACAAGUGUCUCAACAAAAUAAUAUUUCUCAAAUGAAAGCUAUACCAUCACAGAUGCAACAACAAGAGUUAUCGACACAACAGCAACAGAUAAAUAUCCAACAUCAAUUGAUACAACAUCAACAAUUAACUUCACAGCAACAGCAAUUAACGCAACAACAAAUUACACAGCAUCAACAACAAUUGCAACAACAAUCAUACAACCAACAACAACUUUUGAAUCAACAGGCAUCACCUCAGGUACCAUCUCAGCAACAGCAAUUAAUUGGACAACCGCAAACUCUUGGACAACAAUCAAUGAUUGCGCAACAACAAAUAAGUUCACAAUUAUCACAGCAUCAGUUGACUUCGCAGCAACAGCAAUUAUUAACAUCUCAACAAAAGCAAUUAAAUCAACAUCAAAUUAUUCAGCAACAACAAAUGAAUCAACAGCAGCUGACACAACCACAUUUGGCGCAGCAGCAGCAGCAAGUGCAAUUGGCAGCACAGCAACAGCAGCAACAACAAAUAGUGCUUCAACAACAACAACAACAAUUAUCUUCUCAACCGCAGCAAAUCGCAGGACAGCAUCAAUUGGCACAACCAGGUCCACCACAACUUACUUCCGAACAGAGGCAACUUAUUUUGUUGCAACAGCAGCAACAACAGCAGAAAAUACAACAGAUCUCACAACAAUUGCAACAAUCUGCGCCACAGAGUUCUCAACAGUUUGUCAUACGCGAGGGUCAGUUGCAACAACAACAAAGUCAAUCAAUAAUUGGGCCAAAUCAGCAGGGUUUCAUCGUGCAACGGGAUUCGCAAUGGCAACAACAGCAGUAUUUACAGUUACAGAGGCAGCAACAACAAAUCGGGCCACAGAGACCCGGAGGACAGUGGCCAGCACUGAGAACCAUCCGUGAAGAUCAACAGCCACCUCAACAACCUAGACAGUUGAUUCAGUUGGAUGCACAAACGCACCAACAAUUACAACAGAUGGAUCCAUUGCAGCGAGCUCAGUUUAUUCAAAAGAUUCAGAAACAGAAGAAUCUGAUAUUGCAGAGACAGAUGCAAAACCGUCAGGCACAGCAGGGUCCACAUAUUGCCGUCAUAAGAAGUCCCGGUAAGCCGGUACAACCAAGUAGCCUCCAGUGGGUUCAACAAGCACGACCGCAGAUGAUGGGACCGCAAAUCGCGCAAACUCCUGGUCAAAAACCUGUGCAUCCUGGAAUUCAGCCUCCGGCGUUGACGCCAAUAAAUCCCUCCAAUCAGGUAAUCGUGCCUGCCGGACAGAAUGUUCAGGGUCCGCAAGCAGGACAAACAUUCCAACAAGGACAACCUCUAACACCUCAACAAAUUCUACACAUGCAGAAGCAACAAAUGGCUCGACUGCAAUUUCAACAUUUGCAGCAACAACAACAGCAAGGCACGCAGCAAGAACCACCAUUAACGUCUUUGUCAAGUAACGCGCAGAUAGCGCCGGAUCAGCAGUUGGUCGUGAAUGCCAAAACCAAAACCGCGCUGGCCAAUAUGCUGACCAACAGAUUGCAAGGUGGUACUACUGAGGGUAGUGCAGCGGGACAGUUAAGAUUAAUGACCGCGCAACAUAGGGCUCCACCUCCUCCUUCACAAGAUCCGCAGCUUUUAGCUGCUUAUCAGAGAAGAACUGCGGGAAAUAUAACAAAUGGCGCACCGUCAGGAAUACCUAUGAAGAUGCAAUACGGACCGGUCAUGCAACAGCCUAAGGCACAGUUCUAUGGUCAUAAUCCAAAUUUGAAACUGCCACCAGAUUUGUUUUUGUUAGGAUGUAUUUUUGUCAUCGUCGAGUACGAUGUACAGCGUCCGAAUGAAGUUUCGAUUUGGAAACAAGUUAUCGAGAGACAUGGUGGUGAGGUAGAGCCGCAAUAUUGCAGCCGUGCAACUCACGUAUUAGCGAUCACACAGAAACAUCCAGUUGUGUUGCAAGCAUUGCGCGAAGACAAACGUUGCGUUAGCGCGCAUUGGCUUUCUGAUGUUGUUAGCAAAUUGCAAUUAGUACCGCCAUGGCACGCCCUACAUUUCCCGAUACCUUUUACUAUGUCUGAACUUCCUUGUGUUAAACAAAUCGUAUCAUUAUCCGGAUUUGAGGGAGAGGAACGGGCAAAAGUCAAAUACAUGUUGGAAGCCUUAGGUGCAAAAUAUACAAACUAUUUUUCCAGACACAAUACUCUUCUGGUUUGCAGAAGGCCAGACGGACAAAAAUACAAAAAGGCACGUGAGUGGCAAACUAGUGUUGUAAACGCACAAUGGUUGACAGAUAUACUUUGCGGACAAACAAAUAUUUUGCAUCAAAUUGAGGGUCCAAAGUACCAACAGUUCAGUCUUAGUAACCCUUUCAGACUAGAUUAUUCAUUAGUGCCUCAUCUUAUGGGUGCUUGGAAACAUCCAAUAAAUAUUAAUCAAGAGUCGUAUGAUAAAGUACAGCAAGUUGGUCAGGGUCCAAAUUCGAUCAGAAAAUAUAAAAGACCGCGAUUAGAUGGUGCAUUAUUGAAUAAAGAUCCGCAUCUUUUGGGUCUGGAUGAACCAAUUGUUGUUAGCAAUCCUGAUCCUCCUCCACCUGAUAAGCAACCAAGAAUAUUAUUCUCCGGCAUAAAUCCUAGAAAGCAUGCAAAGAGAAUUCGAGAACUAGGAGGUGCUUUGGCUGCUAGCUGGCGAGACGCCACUCAUCUCGUGAUGUCGACACCGUUACGAACAGUAAAGCUCUUAUGCUGUUUAUCACGAUGCAAAUUUAUUGUCACGCUGCAAUGGUUACUCGAUUGCUCUGCGAGAAAUACUUUCCUGGACGAAAACGUGUAUAUGCUUGGCGAUCCAGAAUUCGAGAAGAAUUUCAAUUGCAAUAUCCAGAAAGCUUUAGCAAGUCCCAAUCGAGGAACAGUACUUAAGGGUAAAAUAUUUUAUGUAACACCAAGUGUCAUACCAUCUCCUUCAGCGAUCGCAGAAAUUAUAGAAAGUGCAGGGGGUGCAAUGGAUAAAACGCGUAAAUCACUUGCACAGAUACAAGAAAUGAAUACUGGGAAAUUAAAUUAUAUUAUUGUGACCCACGAAAAUGAUCUCCAUCUUCUUUCUGAUGUUUUACGUGCAAAUAUCAGUGUGUUCAGUGCAGAAAUUGUCUUAGGCGCAGUCGCACGACAAUACUUCCAACUUGAUGGGAGUCAAGUCUAAAACGAGCAA